CCCGCCGCGCCGGCGUACCUGCACGGGGGCACGGAAGCCGAGCAUCGAGAUCGCGAUCCGGGCUGGGUUUUCCGCGAAGGGUUUUUCUUCGUCGAUGUGAAGUCAGCACAUGAGCAGUUCAUUGAGAUCGACGGCACGGCAUGCGCGAUGCCAGAAGAGGCGGACGGUGCACGGCUUCUGCUGGAGCGCAUCGAAGCACUUGAGCAGCUACACGCCUUGCUGCUGUGGGAGACGCGAAAAGCUCUGGAGGAUGAGGGGCUAAGCGAGGAAAUGGGGCAGGUCCUGGACGAAGGGAUCCACCGAGGCGAGGGGGACCACCGUGUUGAAGAUACAAAACGAAGAACCGCGUACACUCCGCGGCAAGACUUCACCGCGCGAAUUACAUCUGCACUCGCGGGUGGCCGGCUUCGUUCCGAAGACAAGGCUUAUUAUCGCUUGGGCCGGUCGUCUUUGUCGGACGCAGAAGCAGCAGUCUCGCGGCAGUACUUGGCCCAGAAGCCUGCGCGGCGUUUCGGGAGUGUGCAGGACCUCGCUGGGGAACUGUUUGCAGAGGGGGACUUUAACGCAGUAGGCAAACACGCGCGCGCACUAGUCGAGGAAAAACACCUGCAAGUGCCUCCGACGGUCGAGCAAAUCCGGGUAAGCGGCAAUGUCGAGUAUUUCAGGGUGACGCUUUUUACCCGUGCGCGCCACAUGCUGGUCGCAGCGGAGAAGACAAUCGGCACCCUGAAAUUGUCCGCCUUCGCACACAUCGGCGUUUUACGACUCGAAAACGGGUCCACCGUGGAGCAGCUCAUUCUGGCCGCCGACAGCACCGUGGACGAAGUUUGGCUUGCCCCGGAAGCGUCGGUGGGGGAAAUUUUGUGGCUGAAGACCGCUGUGGUUGCUUCCGCGAGUGGCGGCACUCGGGGCGAUGAAGAAGCCACGGCCUCGUCGGCUGGCGCCGAAGAAAAGCUGACACUUUUUCCCAAGGUGGUGAACAGCAUCGUGACUUCGAAUUUAGCGAUAAAGAACCCCCGAGACGGCGCUGUCGACUUGAUGUUCAAAAUGAAGGAUCUGAAAGAGCAGUCCACUGAGGUAGUGGAGCAACGCGUUGCACGGACAACUUUUGACUCGGAGAACCCUCCCGUAACAACCGGGCAUCAACAUCGGAACAGUCCGCCAUCUGUCAGUCGGGUCAUAACGAGCGUGCAUGAGGGCCCGCUCAGUCUGUUC